AUGUCGUCCGACUACAACUACGACUCCGAGGGCCAAUUCUUCCCGUUCUUCCUGCUCACGAUCGCCUCCCUUGUCACAGUGCCUCUCACAUAUAACGUGCUGAAGGCAUCGGACGAACUAGAGCAGACUGGCGAGCGGAUACAAUCUGACUUCAAACCAAAAGAUGCAGAGAUUAUCGCAGCACAGGCGAAGCGGCAGAAGAGGAAGGAGCGCAAACACAAGCGCAUUAUCGCCGUCAUCUUUGGCUGGAUCACUAUGGCAUACCUAGGGUAUCUCGUCAAGCAAUCAGAGGCAGAGCGAAUCAAGCUAUGGGACCCAUAUGACAUCCUUGGUGUCUCCAGGAGUGCGACCGAGAAGGAAAUCAAUAAAUUCUACAAGAAGGCCUCCCUGACCUUUCAUCCCGACAAGGCGAAACUUGAUCCAGAAAAGAACAUAACAGCCGAGUUCGUGAACGACCGAUGGGUCGAGAUGACAAAGGCUUACAAGGCGCUGACUGACGAAGAAAUCCGCAACAACUACCUACUAUACGGCAACCCUGAUGGCAAGCAAGGCACAAGCAUCGGCAUCGCACUGCCAGGUGGAUGGUCGAAGAGGGGAAUCGCUGGAUUUUGGUGGUAUGGCACUCAAGCUCGCACGAAGGAGGGCAUCCUCCACGCCAGUGCUGGAAACCUGUUCCGCGAAUACAAGGAAGAUAUUGACGAAGAAGGCGUCGUCAGCGCGCUUAGCGUUGGAGAAGAGUACAAAGAAGCCGUCAAGGCCGAUAAGUCUGCGGCUAAGGUCGAGAGCAAAGUUAUGGCCAGCGGCAUUCUGUCAGAAGACGCCAAACAGAGCAUCAAAGGCAUUGAAGACCCUUCACAGCGGAAGACCGCUUGUCUCCUGUGGGCCUAUCUUGGACGCAUCGACCUAGGAGAUCCUGACCUCGAAAAAGAGAAAUACUCGACUGCGCCGACUGCUUUCUUGCUCAACAACUCCCUCUCAUCAAUGACUCUACCAUUCCAGCAUCUCAAGCCUCUCCUGGCUACAUAUCAUACAGCUCAGCACCUGAUGCAAGCAACCACGCCCAACAGCUCCCCCAUCCUCCAGUUACCACAUUUUACUCAAGAUAUCGCUAAGAGAAUAUCUGGCUCCAAGUCCAAAUCGCCUCUCACUAUCCAGAAGCUCAUGUCGUUACCAGCGGAAGUCCGCAGAAACCUGUGCAGCGGCUUAAAUGACGCCCAGUACAAAGAAGCCAUGAGAAUCGCUACUCAAAUGCCACACAUGAAGCUCGAGAAGGCUUUCUUCAAAGUCAUUGGCGAUCGCGUGGUCACACCAGGCUCACUGGUGCUUCUCGUCGUCAAAGCACGCGUCAUACCUCCUGGUAUACCCGAGAGUAGCAUCCCUGCAGUCAAUCCUUCUGACCUCGAAGACGCUGAUCCUAAGGAGGGCGAUAUCGAUGCAAUCAAAGGACGUAAGAAGGAGAAGGAGACUCAGCCGUCGCUUGCCCAUGCACCAUAUUUCGCUGGCGACCAUGCGCCACGCUGGCACGUCUUUCUCGCGGAUCAGCGUGCUGGCCGCAUCGCUGUUCCACCAUUCACCUUCUCCACUUUCGACAAGGCUCCCUUUAAUGCUGACGGCACGCCCACGUUCAACGUCAUCACCUUCCGAUGCCAAUUUCAAGCACCACCGAACGUGGGUCAGUACCCAUUCACAAUGCACCUGAUCUGCGACAGCUAUGUGGGCUUCGACAUCAGGUCUGAUGUGACCCUGGAUGUGCGAGAUGUCAGUGAAGCCGACAAGGUCGAGAGCGAAGACGAAAUUAGCGAGCCUGAAGAGGACAGCAUCGCCGGAGCGAUUCACUUGAUGAAGACUGGCGAACUGCCUGAGCAGAAGAAGCCGAAGAAGCAGAAAGUCCAGGAGAUCGACAGCGAUGACGACGAGAGUGAUACUGAUGGAGAUGUAUCAAGUGACAGUGAGACGGAUACCGACACGGAAGAUGAGUCUUGA